AUGAAAAAUGCCCUAUGCCUGUUCUACCUGUGGAACUUGCCCCUCGACGGAGGCGACAGGAGACAAACGCUGUACCGCGUCAAGGUAAGGAAGGCUACCAGGGGGCAGGAAAACAAACUUCAUGACGCGGGGGACAACUAUGGCUACCUAGACAAAGGAAGGAAUUCAGAAUACGAGGAGAUUCUCAACGAAAUUAUUUAUGACUACGAGGAGGAGGAAAGGAAAAAGAAGGCAAACAUAGCAAAUGGGAAGGUAGGCAGGGAAGCAGCUUCUCCAGUGGGCAGCCAAAUAGGCGGCGAAUUAGGGCGAGGGAAGAAACAAUCAGGGGGCCACGAGCGGGGAAGCAAUCGCCAGUUAAGCCAUAGUACACACCAAGAAGGGGAAGACACAUGUAGGAGCCCCUCUGGGGGAGAGAACUCGCAAGAAAACAGCGCACGCGAAUCGACCCCCCAGGAAGAAAUUAAGCGAAUAGAAAAAUUAAAAAGAAAUAAUUUCCUCAGCUUGUGCAACAUAAAUUAUGACGUGCUGAGCCUCCUAUUGAAAAAGGAGUUAAAAGGGGAGAAACAAGAUGAAGACGACCACUACAACAAAGUUAGCUUGUUCCUGGAGAGGGAGGGACAAAAGAACGGGGACGAGACAGACGAGGGAUACGUUGGCGACGGUUAUGUUGACGAUGGAUACGCUGUCGACGGAUAUACUGAAGACGGCUACGUUCGCGACGGCCACACUCAGGGGCGCCAUGACGACCUCUACAUUGACGACAGCCUUGGCAGGUACCUAAUCAAGCUGGACGCAAACUUUGUCAAUUCCAUUUCAGCAAAGGAAUUUCACGUCCUGCGAAACAGGAUGUACAGGCAUAUUAUAUACUUAAAAUAUCGAUACCUGCGAAACUACAAGACGGCAAUUCAAGCCUUAAAGCAGAAAAAGGAACCGCGAACGGAGCCCAUUAACAAGCACGUUUCGGUGGUCUACGAGGAGGGGGGGGAUGACCAGGCUAGCGGAGACCCCAGUGAUGAUGUGUCUAACGACCACAGCGAUGGCGUGUGUAAUGACCAUACCGAUAACACGAAUGACCAGCCGAACGGGGAAUCAAUCCCUAAAAGUGCGCAGAUAAGCCCCAUGACGCAGGCCAAUAACCCACGUAAAGACAACACCGCCCGUGUUAGCUUCCUCCAACCGAGCAGCGACGACCCGGAAAGCCUCGAGCAGAUAGACACACAACUAUCCAUGGAGAACAUCAAAGAAAUCAUUGACGUUAAUCAAAGACUCUACAAAAUGCAGACAAAUUUUAACGACUUAAAAAAUUUUAACGUCUUUAACCUCCUCGACAGGAACACCUUCCUCAACAGUUUACGAGUCAAUGACUUCAAUUUUUACAACUACGAUUGCCCCUUGUUGUUUAAAGAGAUGAGGGCGUUCGUGCGGCGAAUUCGGCAUGGCCGCUUGGGCAAGCCAGCCCUCGAUGAAUGCGGCAACGUGAGCAGUGAAAAGCAGAGCGACGUGAGUGGCGAAAGGGGUACCAAUGUAACCGGAGAAGAGUGUCCAAACGUGAUCGGGGAAAACCGCAGCAACAGCCCUGGGGGGGUUCACCGCGAACAGGCGGAAACCUUCGCCGACGAGCGCUGCGCCUAUGUGUGUGUCCCCAAGCUCAGCGACCGCGGCUUCCUCAAGUACGAAGACAAAUCCAUCGUCAUUAACCUGUCCACGAAGCGGGACCAGGAAAAGGAGCACCUCCCCCCCGUCAAGGAGAUAAACAUCAACACAGACAAAGGCAUCCUCAUCCUCAGCGCGAACGACAAGCACCUGAACGUUCAUGUGAGAAAUAUUUGCGAUAAAAUUUCGUACCUAACACAGAGCCUUUCCAUAUGGCCGCAACUGGACUAUGGCAGUGAAGAAGGUUUCCCAAAAAAUGUCUCCAUUCUAAAAAGGAUACUCAUGUUGAUGCUGUUCUACUUUGACAUAAAGAACCUGUUUGUGAUUUGCUUGGAUAACACAAGCGCAAAGUUCUUUUACCAUUUUUUAAACGGAGAGGAGGACAAUUUAUUUAAAAAUCUGCUCACAGAAAAAAAAGACGAUCAACAGGAAGAAUACCUAUAUGUCAACUUAGAUGAUGUAAAAUUUUCACACAUUUUUAACAGAAAAUUUGUGCCCUUAUACGAUAUGAAAAAAAUUUUUAAAAAUUAUGUGUUUCUCAUGAAAAAGGAAGAGAACUUUUACGACCUUCCCUCUUUUAAAAGGUCCUGUCUCUUCAUGUUCUUGGAUGAACAUACAGAUAAACAAAAUCACGUAAUUUCCUCAGAUGUACAGCAUUUUUUUUACUACAAAAAGUUCGACUACCCAUUUAUUUACAGUGUUGACAAGAAGUAUACCUUAAACACGUUGCGCAGUUUUAAUGAAAUUCUGCUCUACCUUACCAGCUGGAUUGACAUUUUCCACACGGGGGAAAAUGAAACCAGUGCUGCUGGGGACGAUGAUCAAGGUGCUCAGGGAGACGGCGAGGAUGGGGCACCAAGUCCGGAUGUAGAUGAGAUGGAUAGCGAUGUAGAAAAGGAUCAAGACGAGGAGGAAUUUAUUCAAAAUAUGCAAAAUCAGCAGGAGCAGGAUGAAGAAAAUGAAGAUGAGGAUGCUUACCAAAAGGAUCAAAGAGAGUGCGAUGGGGCGUACGGGUUAGAUGGGUAUGACAGUGAAAGGCGGGAUCAAAAUGUGGGAGAGUAA